UGAGGCAGGAGGAUCAUGAGUUCAAGGACCACAAGGACCGUGGCUCAGGACAUCGCCACGCUGCAGAAGCUGGGUGUCACCCACGUCCUGAACGCCGCCGAGGGCCGGUCCUUCAUGCACGUCAACACCAGCGCCAGCUUCUACCAGGGCUCGGGCAUCACCUACCUGGGCAUCAAGGCCAACGACACGCAGGAGUUCAACCUCAGCGCCUACUUCGAGAGGGCCUCGGACUUCAUCGAGCAGGCCUUGGCACACAAGAACGGCCGGGUGCUGGUGCACUGCCGUGAGGGGUACAGCCGCUCCCCCACCCUGGUCGUCGCCUACCUCAUGCUGCGGCAGAACCUGGACGUGAAGUCAGCACUGAGCACCGUGCGGCAGCACCGAGAGAUCGGCCCCAACGACGGCUUCCUGGCCCAACUGUGCCAGCUGAAUGACACGCUCCGCCGGGACGGGAGGCUGAAGCUCUAGGGCCAGGAAGCACAGUGUCCUGCCCCGCGUCUGUCACUAGGCCCCUGCCCCCGUGUCCCAGCAUAGCCCGGCCGCGUCCCGGGUCACAGCUUUGCUGGUGUCCUGCUCCCAGCUGUCCCUUCUGGUCGCCUCUGUCCCCGGAGGUGGGGCUGCUCCAUGGUAGGAGCUGCGCCCAGUGCCGAGCCCAGUAAAGGAGGGUGGCUGCAUGUGGCCCGCUGUCCUCCCCGGGGCCCCACAGCCGCCCACACCCUGCCUCGCUGCCGGCUGUCGUCCUGGCGGAUGCCCCGGCUUUAACGUCAGCCCAGGGCUCUGCCACGCCUCAGGUGCCAGUGCUGGGUGCUGUGCUGCCCGCCGAGUGCCCUCCGGAGAUACCGUGGGUGUGGGCUCUGCUCUGAGAAAGCAGGGUGGGGUCUGGCCUGUUUGCAGCCCCAGCACAGGGAGCUGAGCACAGGCUUCUCCAGAGCAGUGUGGGCCCCAGGCAGGUGGGAGAGCCGGUGAGCUCAGCGCUGUGGGUGCAGGGGCGUGGGGCUCCUGUUCUGGGUGCUGUGAUGCUGUGCGCCAGAGUCGUCGCUGUCACCGGCCGGCGUAAUGUGCUUCAUGCAUGUGCCGGGGCCAAGCUGGUGCACGUGGGUGAUGCCCCACAUGUGCCCAGCUCCCGGGGCUCCCACCUCUCCGAGAAGGGACGGCAGGACUCAUGCUGCACAGUUGGAAUUCAGCUUUGCACUCGGGCUCCAGCCGAGGCUGUGGAGGAGCAGGGGCGGGAGCACUUCCGGCCUCCCGGGCUGUGAGGGUCUUCGCUGCUGCACCGCAUGGUCGCCGUCCCCUGCUCCGUGCCCGCAGAGCCUGUGCCGCAGCUGCUGCUGUCUUCCCCGUCACCUGCCGAGCACAGCGGCCAUCCACAUAUGCCUGUGCUCCCCACUCAUCCUUGGGUUCUGGGGGACGAGGCUGCGGCCCUGGCUGCUUGGCCUGCUGCUCCCGGAAGCGGGGUCCCUUCUUUCCAAGGCUCCUGCUCCCCGGGCUGGGGCGUGGUCAGGUCCACCACCCAAGCCCUCGGCCCAGCACAAGCAGAGGGUGCGAGGCAGGUCCCUGUGAGCACCCCAAGGCAGCGCUCCUGCCCUGCUGCUGGAAGUGGCUCCAGCAGGGUCACCCCGCGCAAGGCCUCCCUGGGGAGCAUGUGGGAGAGUUCCCGCCUUCCUCUGGGGCUCUCCAUGGCCCCAGGAACCCCACACUCUCCUUUUGGAGUGGAGCAGACGCAGUGUUGGUUGUGGCCGCAGCUCUCUGCCCCUGGGGAGAGCGGCACAGGGACUCAGGGUGCCCCGGCCCCUCCCUGUCCCUUCUGUGACCCUACAGAAGGAGAGCUGAGACUGUGAAGCUGGUGCUCCUCCCUGGCCUGGUUCCCGCCUCCACUGUACAUGGGCUCCCCCACCGAUUUAGAGCCCCCCUAAGUUAGAGAUGGUGCGCACAACGCGGCGGCCAGCAGGUGGCGCUGCGUCCUCGCAGUGGCGGUGGCCGUGUGGGGCAGGGAUCAGGCUCCAGGCUGCUGGCGACCCUCUUACCUCCUGCCGGCUGUUGGGGAGCUUUGCUAGUGAAAGAGCGAUUUUUCAGGACAAAGGAUGAGGCAGGCUGGGAGCUGGGAGGUCAGCUCCAUGGAGAGUGCUUGCCUGACACCCUUGAGCCCUGUCCCCACUGCCACCGAAAAAAGAAAAGGGAAGUUUACUGUCCGCUGUGUCACUGGUCAGUGUUAAAGCACUAAAAUCACAACCAAAAUAAAUGUCUCGCCUGACGAAAGCACAGGCCCUGUGUCCUUACCACCCUUUCCUUUUGCGCUUUAACACUUGGCCUCUGCUUUUUCUAACUUUCAAAGAUAGCCAUCACCUGAAAGUGAGCAUGGGCUUCCGUGAUGGGUCUGUUUCUGCGGUGUCCGUCCAGGCAUCCCAAGACCCCACAAGGCCCGUGCUCCUGGGGCCCGGGGGCUGCGUCCCAGGCAGCCUGGCCCCUGCUGCUCCCAGCCCCGCUGUAGGCCUGGGUCCCUUCUUCCUGGGGGUUGGCACCUCUGGGUGUGGCUGCCUCCCGCCGGGUCAGGAGAUCCUCUUCGAGGCAGGGCCCGUGGUGCCGCCUUCCGCCAACCCGGACAGACUCCAUUCUACACAAAGCCUUUGUUGUCUGCGUUUUCCAAUUGUUAUUUACUUAGGAAUCCACGUUUACAGUCUGUACUAAUCCCAUUCCUCACUGGGCGUUUGUUGGCACCGUGUCUUAAUUACCCCUGCCGUCUCGGUUCCCCUUCCCAUGUGCAAAGAAUCUGUCUCCCUGCUUUCCACUUUCUCUCUUUUAUUUUGCUUCUCCUUUAUCAUGUGGGUUUCUCAGAUAAGGGAGACCACGGAGUGUUCGAGCUUGUGUGUCUGACGUAUCUCCCUUGAGAGUGUGGUCCCGGGGCGCAUCUGUUUGCCUGCAGAGGACUCAGGUUUAUCCUUCCUCACAGCAGCAUAGUUCUCCAUUGCUCUACACAAAAUCUCACGGCAGAAAACGAAUAUAUAAACUGGUAACCCUAACUGUAACUCUCACGCAUUUU